AUGCCGCAAUACAGUUUUCACAUAGAUGGCCUUCUGAUUUUAGACGGCGAUGAUACACUUAAAGUAAAAAUAGGACAAGAAGACUUUAUGGACUGGGAGGCCUUGUGCCCUUCCAUUAUUAACUUUACAAUGCCUCGGAAUCAAAACUUUCUACAUGUUUUCGAGACGACAUACAAUUUAUUCAGUGCAGAAUGGGCAGCACUGAGAGAGGAAGCUACAAAGAUACAUUAUGAGUAUGACCGCGCACAAGCACAGUUAGAACACGAAGACUUUAGUGUACAACAAAACGCAAAUAUACAACUCCAGGAGUUGCAGAACCAAAUGGCACAGAUUUAUCAGGAGGCCCCCUCGCGAAAAUGCAACAGGCUGAGACGCAGAAGCAAUUGCAAAAAACGCAAGCGCAACUGGCAAAACACACAGGCACAGUUGGCGGCAUCCCGCGUACUAUGCAACCAAACGCUGAAGGAAUUGCGGCGGCUGCGAAAUCAGCAUACAGCGACGCAGUCUCAACUAGAGGCGGCGCUUGAAAAAUUAAACGAAAAGGGACAACAGAGCGUUCCGGAUACAAGCCAUAUAACCGCACCAAAAGUACCCCCACAAAAAAAGGGAGAAAUUUAUCAAGUUGGGCAUGGAAGUCGGAACCGGCUUUACCGACUACGGAGGAACGGCCGAAGAUGGGCAUUCGCGGAAUACAGGAAUUACGACAACCAAUUUGGACCGAAAGCUGCCGGCCUGAAGAAAAAAUACGGACAUUUGAAGGACUAA